AUGUCGACACCGGAGCCGCGCGACCGUCGGUCCUUGCGCAACCUGGGCAUUAAUACACCGUCUGGGGAUACGACUCUAACAAGACUUCAGCGCCUUCCAACUCAUACGCGAUAUCCACUUACGCCGAGUCGCCUCCCCAUUGCAACGCCGUCUGUCCAACGUUCGUCUCGAUUUACCCCCCGAACGCGAGGCGUAGUGGCCCCUACUACACCAUACGGCCUCCGUGCACGUCAACAGAGGGCCGUAAACACACCAGGUCAUGAUCGACGCCGCAGUGGCAAGGUGCAACGCGAGACCACGUUCGAUAUUUUGAGGAAUUUGGGUAGAGCACUUGCCCCUAUAUCCCACCCAAUUCAGUCAUCUCCACAAGAAGCCCAAGAAUACUCUGCAGAUGAAAUUAGAGAUGAAAUAGAAGAGCUCGACAAUGAGCCGGAAAUCGAACCGCCGCGACUUUCCUUGAAUAUCCAGGAAAGUGAAGAUGGGAGCGAAAAAACAAGCUCUGAAACGCCCCCUCGCAUGUCGCUUGCUUUUGACGACGACGAUAUAACAUAUCAAUCGGUUGAGUAUCCUCGAGAUAUUGCCAUUCGUGACCAUACUCGACUUUCUAUGAUGCCUGGGGUUGGAAGGCACAGUGAAAACUUUGGCGAGAUUCAACUAGACAGUGAGUCUGAUGUCAAUGAUGAGACCGGCAUGUUAGGUGGCGAAGAGGCACCAGACGAUACAUUGACCAGUGGAAGUGAAUUUGACCAAGGGGGAGAGACAGAAGACUUGGGCCGGUUUCAUAUUGACUUCCAUUUUCCAUCCCCGACUGCCGCUCCAAUUGACGAGACUGAAGGUGAUGUGGAUGGGUUCGAGCUCUCUGCAGGUGAUGUUGAACCAUUGACCCAGUCAUUCCCAGUCGACGAUAACAAUGCCGGUGGUGACUUCAUGGGCUCUAGUGGCCUAAGUGUCGCACCGCCGUCUUCUCGAAGUCAGAGUCCUGGCUUGAUCGGUGGGGGAUUACGAGACGAGGACCUGACUGUGCUAAACAAGGUGAAGCUUUCCAGAUUUGGAACUGCCGUUCCGAAUUUGCCUACCGGUGUUAUUAAGAAGUUAGCCAUGCGAUUUUCACGCAAGAAGGCAGGCUCAAAGACGAGUAUCAACAAAGUGACUAUGGCUGCAAUCGAGCAAGCAUCUUCCUGGUUCUUCGAGCAGACCAGUAACGACUUGGCUGGGUAUUCUGCCCACGCUCAACGGAAGAUGAUUGAUGAGAGUGAUGUAAUAAUGCUCAUGAGAAGACAACGCCACAUCAACAACUCAACGACUGUAUUUUCCUUGGCUCAAAGACAUUUACCCAAGGAACUUCAACAAGAUAUGAGACUGGCGAUGCCGCCGUGA